AUGGGAUCACAGCAGAAGAAGAAGGGUGGCGCCGUCAAGCGGAUGAAGGUCGCGGCCGCCACCACCGACGUCACCAUGGACGUCGACCUCCUCGACUGCCCCGUCUGCUGCUACCCCAUGCGCCCUCCAGUUUUCCAGUGCACUGUGGGGCAUACCAUAUGUUCGUCUUGCCAUGAGAAACUCCCCAAGAAGUGCCACUUCUGCUCCUGUCCUAGGGUCAGUCGCUGCUACAUUACAGAACGUGUCAUUGAAUCCAUCAAAGUUGCUUGCUCCAAUGUCAACCAUGGAUGCACUGUGAAGACAACCAACUACCAAAAAGAAGACCAUGAGAAAAGCUGCCCACAUGCGCCAUGUUUCUGCCCUGAAACCGGCUGCAGCUUCAGCGGAUCAACCGUGAUGCUCCUAGACCAUUUCUCAAGCAAGCACGACUGGUUGUGUCCACAAGUUAAAUACGGCUACAUGUCGCUGUCGUUCGGCUUAAAGGUGGGGACAACCGUCCUUGCAGGCGAGGAUGGGCACCUGUUCCUGCUCAACGUGAAACUAAAGUCCGUUGACGUUGUCAUAUCAAUUUGCGGUAUCCAUCCUCACAUUACUGGAUCAAAGUUCAAAUGUAAAAUGAUAUUGAAACGCCACGAUCCAGACUAUUUUCAGACCACGGUGAUCGAUGUGAGUAGCACUAAUCUACAUGAUGGGCUGCCGAAAGACUGCAUCCCGGUCAUUGUGCCGGAGCUGGUGCUUUUGAACACUGGUGCAAGCGCCUUAGCCAAGCUGGGUAUGACGUUGGGCGUGGACCUUAGGCCAAAGUAG